AUGGUGCCGGUCAGUAGCAGGGCGGGCUAUGCAGACGGCAGCACCCCCCACCGUUCGCGGAGGGUUUUGGACUGGACUUCGCUGCGGGAGGUUCCGCAGCCUUCCAAGGAGACGCGGCAGAUUCCAAACCCGGCACCGGUGAUCCUCACCUCUUCCAGGCGUUGUGAUAUCCGAAAGCCGCUUACUGGCGCGCUGAGCCCGCAAGAAGGAAGUCCACCAAGUCCGUCAAGUCCGACCUCGUGCCGGGCUAAAGACAAGGCGGACGCAUUGCAGAAGGUACUGCAGCACACUGUGGAAGAUGUGGCUCGCCGGUUCUUUUCUCGGUCCGAAAAGCUGCUGGCGCCAGAAGUGGCAGAGGAUGACGUCCCUCUCACACUGCCGGGUGGCGUUCCUCGCAGUAGCAGGACUGGCAGCGAGACGUCAGGCAAGAGCCAAUGGCUGUGA